CAGUGAAAUCAGAACAUGUACAAGACCCUCAAACCUUAUUUUCAGAAUACCCUAUUGAAUUAAAAAGAUUAGCCUAUAAUUUCAUAAAUUUAGUACAAUUACGUAUUGCAAUUUCCCAAUGCCAUUGUGAAGGUAUAGGAGGAAUCAAUGAUUUAAGAGCUUUAUUGAUUUCUUCAAGCACUGCAUUGAGACCUUGA